CUCUCAGUGUUUUCUUAGAUAUAUGGAGAAUCUGGCAGUUUUUGUAUUCCCAGAAAAUACAAACCUAACCAAACGUGAUUUUCCAGAACUACCCUGCGCCACUGACAACUUAGAAUGUAAGUGUAUCAAACUCUUGAGGUCCCCACGCAACCAGACAGAAGGCCCAAUGGGAAAAGCUGUUAAAACCUGCGAAGAGAAAUUCCAGACGAAGGUCCCCACUCCACAAGACGGUACGACAAGCUAUCCACCUAAUCUGGAAGGUAUGACACAAGAGUUCAAGGACUGUGUAAGGAAAAACUUCCAAACCAAUUUAGGAGUUAUGAAAAACGGAGUCAUCGACGUAGCAGCCAUGCAAGCCCAGUAUAAGGAAAAGAUUAACGCUAACAAGAGAGCCGAUACCACUGGCACUCAAGUCCAGAAAAUCGUCGAUGCUGUUCCUGGCUGCGUCACAAGUAAUGGUGGAACAGCUGCUCUCAAUAUGCGCGAUUUCAUGACUUGCACCAAGAACGCCUGCGUGGCUGCACUGACUGCAUAGUAAGGAUUAAGUAAAGAGCCUCUUCCUUCAAAAUAGGAUCACCGACAUUAAGGCUUUGGAACCUGGACCCUGUGCAAUGACCUGCUUUGAUGGAUUCAUUACUUUGGAAGUCUUCAAAAAUAUCUUGAAAAAUAUCUUUUGCUAUGAACUCAUAACUCUACACAAUUCCUAAUUACCACUGUCUGGAACAUUCCUUUUUCAGCUCAUCAAAAUUUUGGCAUUAUUAUUUCCAUAUUUUCAUUCUACCCUCUAUCCAGCAUCGAAUAUAUCACUGAUGAAAGCGUUCAAACCUACGGGGAUGAAAAAUCGAAAACAGAACCGCCAUUGAUAUCAGUAAUUACUUGACAACACAUCUCCAAUGAAAGCAGACGCGCUAGUUACU